ACGGUAACCAACUGAGUGGUCAAGUUGCUUGUAUCUUAUGCAUACAGACUGAUACCAGCAGUUUCCCAGGACGUGCCUCACUCCACAUCAGAUUCAGUUAACACUGUUUGAAAGAGAACAUUGUUUUCAUCAUGGUUGUUACUAAAGAUGAGAGACCAAAGUCCAGAAGCCGCAAUUUUCAUCUUUUUCAUGCCUUGAUGAUGAUAAGCAUGACCAUGCUGUUUCUUCCAGUCAUUAGAACUUCUAAGCAAAAUAUUCCACGACUCAAGCUAACCUACAAAGACUUGCUGCUUUCAAAUAGCUGUAUUCCCUUUUUGGGCUCAUCAGAAGGACUGGAUUUCCACACUAUUAUGUUAGAUGAGGAGAGGGGCAGGCUGCUCCUGGGAGCCAAGGAUCACAUCUUCUUGCUCAGUCUGGUUGACUUAAACAAAAAUUUUAAGAAGAUUUAUUGGCCUGCUGCAAAGGAACGGGUGGAAUUGUGUAAAUUAGCUGGGAAAGAUGCCAAUACAGAAUGUGCAAAUUUCAUCAGAGUACUUCAACCCUAUAACAAAACUCACGUUUAUGUGUGUGGAACUGGAGCGUUUCAUCCAAUAUGUGGAUAUAUUGAUCUUGGAAUCUACAAGGAGGAAGUUAUUUUCAAACUAGACACACACAAUUUGGAGUCUGGCAGACUGAAAUGUCCCUUUGAUCCUCAGCAGCCUUUUGCUUCAGUAAUGACAGAUGAGUACCUCUACUCUGGAACAGCUUCUGAUUUCCUUGGCAAGGAUACUGCAUUCACGCGGUCCCUUGGGCCUACUCAUGACCAUUACAUCAGAACUGACAUUUCAGAACACUACUGGCUCAAUGGAGCAAAAUUUAUUGGAACUUUCCCCAUCCCAGACACCUAUAAUCCAGAUGAUGAUAAAAUAUAUUUCUUUUUUCGUGAAUCAUCUCAAGAAGGGAGUACUUCUGAUAAGACCAUCAUUUCUCGAGUUGGAAGAGUUUGUAAGAAUGAUGUAGGAGGACAACGCAGCCUGAUAAACAAAUGGACCACUUUUCUCAAGGCCAGAUUGAUUUGCUCAAUUCCUGGAAGCGAUGGGGCAGAUACUCAUUUUGAUGAGCUUCAAGACAUUUACUUACUCCCCACGAGAGAUGAAAGAAAUCCUGUAGUAUAUGGAGUCUUUACCACAACCAGCUCCAUCUUCAAAGGCUCUGCCGUGUGUAUGUAUAGCAUGGCUGACAUCAGAGCAGUUUUUAAUGGUCCCUACGCUCAUAAGGAAAGUGCAGACCAUUGCUGGGUGCAGUAUGAUGGAAGGAUUCCUUAUCCCCGACCUGGCACAUGUCCAAGCAAAACCUAUGACCCACUGGUCAAAUCCACCCGAGAUUUUCCAGAUGAUGUCAUCAGUUUCAUAAAGCGGCACCCUGUGAUGUAUAAAUCAGUAUAUCCAGUUUUGGGACGACCAACAUUCAAGCAAAUCAAUGUGGAUUACAGACUGACACAGAUCGUGGUGGAUCACGUCAUUGCAGAAGAUGGCCAGUAUGAUGUGAUGUUUCUUGGAACAGACAUUGGAACAGUCCUAAAAGUUGUCAGCAUUUCAAAGGAGAAGUGGAAUAUAGAAGAGGUAGUACUGGAGGAGUUACAGAUAUUCAAGCAUUCAUCAAUCAUCUUGAACAUGGAGUUGUCUCUGAAGCAGCAACAAUUGUAUGUUGGUUCCCGAGACGGAUUGGUUCAGCUUUCCUUGCACAGAUGCAACACUUAUGGGAAAGCAUGUGCAGACUGUUGUCUUGCCCGAGACCCCUACUGUGCCUGGGAUGGACAUGCAUGCUCUCAAUAUGUGCCCACUUCAAAAAGGCGAGCUAGACGCCAAGAUGUGAAGUAUGGGGACCCAAUCACCCAGUGCUGGGACAUAGAAGACAGCAUUAGUGAAGCUGCUGAUGAAAAGGUGAUUUUUGGCAUUGAAUUUAAUUCAACCUUUCUGGAAUGUAUACCUAAAUCCCAGCAAGCAUCUAUUAAGUGGUAUAUCCAGCGGUCAGGAGAUGAACAUCGAGAGGAGGUAAAACCUGAUGAAAGGAUCAUCAAAACAGAAUAUGGGCUACUGAUUCGAAGUCUGCAGAAGAAGGACUCUGGGCUGUAUUACUGCAAAGCACAGGAGCACACUUUUACCCACACUGUAGUGAAGCUGACUUUGAAUAUCAUUGAGAAUGAACAGAUGGAAAACACCCAGAGGGCAGAGCAUGAGGAGGGGCCGGUCAAGGAUCUGUUGGCUGAGUCAAGGUUGAGAUAUAAAGACUACAUCCAAAUCCUUAGCAGUCCAAAUUUCAGCCUAGACCAGUACUGCGAACAGAUGUGGCACAGGGAGAAGCGGAGACAGCGGAACAAGGGCAGCCCAAAGUGGAAGCACAUGCAGGAAAUGAAGAAGAAACGAAAUCGAAGACAUCACAGAGACCUGGAAGAACUUCCUAGAGCUGUGGCCACAUAGUUUUCUAUUUAAUUUAAAGAAAAGAACUCUUUACCUGCAAAAACACUGUUGUCUGUUUUAUUCAUCCUUACACUAACUCAUAAGAGCUUUCCAUGGAGUUUUGCUAAAGCACAAGAACAGUAAUCUGAAUAAGACUAUAUGGUGGAUAUGGCAUUAGUAAGAGUGAAUCAUUCAUCUGAACCAGUUUUCCAAGAACUAAAACUUAUACCUGCAAAGUAUCAGAAUUAUACUUUACACUUGUAAAUGUAAAACAGGGGCUUUACACUUGUAAAUGUUUUAUAUUCUGAGUUUUUGAAUUUAUUAUGUAAAUAACUGACAUAAGAAAGCAUCAGAUUUGACAUUGAAAUAAGGUGCUUUAUGUCCUUUGCAUGGCCUUUAAGCAUGGAGUUUACCAUGCAGUUGUUGCUUUAUGUUCUUAUGAAUGGAUAUGUCAUUCCACUUUAGAACUGGCUGCCUGGUGGUAGAAUUGGAGGGAAGAUGCAAAAUACAGCUCACAGUAUCAACAGGAACUUUCCCAGUGAGCCAUUUGCUCUUGGUGUAUGGUUUGGAGAUUUGGAGAGGUGCAUUACUUCUUUCAGACCCCAGGGGUUGCAAUUUAGUGUCCUGCAGCAUUGAUUUACUGAAGGGCAUAAAUGUUCCUCCCAGGAUUCCUUGUGACUUCUCAGGAUAACAGGUUCACAGAGAGAACUUGGUGCUCAGUUAUGUGUUUUUAGAAUAUAUGCUGAGCUUUAUAGGGACAGAAUGCUUAAUAAAUAUUUUAAUAGGGUAUGGGAAAGCAUUUUAAUAAAAGAAAACAUCACUAAGUAUACUGCAUCCUAAUGGGGGGGGCACGCAGAUGGGAUUUGUUAAGAGAAAGAAAGACAGCCAUAAAUUCUGGCUUUGGGGAAAACUCCCCAUAAAAAGGAAGAACAAUCACAAAUACAGUGGAUGAAAGGUAAUGUGGCUUUAUGCACUGGAGUAUAAGUAGCUGCCAAUUUGUAAUUCAUCUGUUUAAAAAAACAAAAAAAACCUCUAGAUUGUAAGAAACUGCAAGCAAAAGCCUGAGGAAAAGUUACAUUUUCUCAAGGAUCAUGGGAAGAAAGAACACAAAUUUAUAUACAACCAAUGGAUUUCAGUGUGUACUGCCUCUCUUUCUUCUAAAAAUUUCAUCAUACUCUAUAAAUUAUUUCUAUUUAGUGUCUUUAUUCUCUCCUAAAUAAUGGAUUAUUAGAUUUUAUUUGAGUGAAUAGGAAAAGACAAUAUAUACAUAUAUAUAGAGAGAAUUAGAUAGACAACAGUCGUGGGGAGUGGGAAUACUAUGUAUUUGUUAAAUAAUGAAAUGCAAAAAUUUUUACAACGGAAAGGGUUAAAUUAACUCUUUGACAUCUUUUUCUUCACAAACUUUUUUGCAUUUCUGAGAUUAUAUGAUGUAUAAUCUCAUUGUUUUAGUAAUUUAAUAAUAAAUAAGCCUACUGCAUGUAAAGAAAACAAACUCACAUUAACAUUUUUCACAUUUUGUUAGUGCUUUCCAAUGUUUCCAAUUUGACCUUCCCUCUCAAUAUGUAUGGUAUGUUUCCUGCCUGUUUAAGAAGGACUCACCUUUCCUUCAUACAAUUCAAAACCCUUAGCCUUGUUCUGUUUUGCCUUUCACGCCCUUUUUAGUGUGAAAUGAAAAAUUAGUCACUUCCUCACACAGAAGGCAGCUUUUCAGAAAACUAAAUAGCAGACAUUGCUCGUUUCUCAUGCAUUGUACGUGUCUUGAAAGUAAAAGCCUCUGAGAAGGCAACAUAUUACAGAGUUCAGUAUCAUGUCUGUUCCUGGAUUUAUGCUCAAAACGUUCUGUCUUACGCUCAUUGUACUUGCGUUGCUUACUUACUCAAAGAAGUCACACUGAUCUAUGAUGUUAAGUCACCUUUUGAUAGGAUACUCAUAAACGUUUGUAGAUGUUUUACUGUAAGGAAAACUUAAGGAAGAUGGUUUUUUUAAGUGAACCAGAACAAAUCACUCUAUUAAAAAGUAAUCCAUAAGAAUAGUUCGAGCAAGAUCAGACUGCUAACAAGAGUGUUUGAAACUAUUGAUUUGCUGGCUUAAAAUCUUCCCAGAACUCAUAAUAAGCUCAAAGCAUAUGGGUAUGUUUUUAAAAAAGAUUUCCAAAUAUAUGUAUAUUAGACAGUAAUUAUCAAAUUACAGAUAGCUUUGAGAGAAUUAUAUGAAACUCAAGUGUUAGGAUUGACUUGUGAAAAUAAAUUUGGUUUUCAUCAAAAUAUGAAUGUCCAAGCCAUUUUUUAAUUAAUUCUUUCUUAGUUAUUCAGAAAAAAGUUAGGAAUUUUAAUGGACAGCUAAAUUUUAAUGGCUGCUUUGGAUCUAAAUCUAUUAAUUUAUGAUAAUUACUUAAAUAUGUUUGAAAUAUUGUUAGUAAAAAAGUCAUGUAAUAAAUAAAACUUUUAUUGGCAAAGAUUUAUGUAUAUUUAUAUGAACAAGACAUGUAAGCUGCUACAUUUAAUUGUUUAAUCUUUUUUUGCCUAGAACACUUAGGGGAACAGUGUGAAUAUAUUAAGUCUAGAGAUAAGACACAGUGUAUACUUCCUCACCACUGAAAGUUUUUACCAAGUUUUCUUUGAAAUAAUGAAAAAUGAAAUUAUAGUUAAUAAUUUCAAAUUUGCUAAAAACUCAGCUUUUUACAGAGAGGUCUUAAAAUGUCUGUGUUUAGCCUUAAUUUUAUGGGUUUUUCUCCCCAUGUUUUGAAUACAUGUCUCUGACUGAUAUUCAUCAUUUGAAUUUCAUUCCAGCUAAAUUUGAAUUUCAUGCUGCUGAAUCCUAACUGUGCAUUCAUUUACAUUCAAUGUAUUGGGAAUUUUAAGUUUGUUUAGAAAUUGAUAGUCUAAAUAAUUAGUGUAGAACUUAUUAUUCCACAGAAAGCUCAAAACACAGUGUUCACAUUAUUAAAAAAAUUUUUUUUGAAAAUCAACCAAAUUAUUUAAGAAAUGGAAAACAGAGAAAAUUAGAAAUGUGCAAAAGCCACAACAGUAGUGAAAGAAUUAUAACUCACACCAUACCUCACAAAUCCAUUAGCUAAAUACUACUUACUUUGCUGCCUGCAAAAUGGGUUUACUCUUGAAUUGUUCUUUUGGUCUUUGUUUCAGUUCUUUAUAUGCUAUUAACUUUUGUUUCUGCUGAAUUGUAUAAACUCAAGCAAAAAAUACGUUUACAGUUGCCAGUGCCUGUUUUUCCACAUUGUAUUGAAAAUUAAAAUUUCAAGGACAAUUAGACAGCCUCCAGAUGUCAACAAAAUGUUAAAUUGAACAAGAGCAUUAAACACUGAUAUUUUAAAACUUAAAUAUAUCUCAUGAAAUAUAAAUAAAAGUGGAAAUGAAAGCUGAAACAGCUUCCCUUUAUAAUUUGUCUUGGACAAAAUGUUGGAAUUCAUUAGCCUUAUUGGGAAUGGAGAAUUUAGAAAAAAGAGAUAUUUAAAAUGUUUUUAUAGAAAUAUUUUUCUCACAGUAAAUGACAAUAUUUAAAUAAUUUAAUUUGCAUUUGAGGUUAAAAAAAGAUCUAAAAUUCCAAGAUUGGACACAUUGACAGUGCAAAGACAGGAACAUAUACAUGACUUAUACCUCUCAUUUAAAUAUUUUGUCAUAUUAAAGUAUUUAUGGUAUGUUUGAAAUAGGUGAUUUGUGGGGGAAGGGCAAAAAAUCUGUCAGUUAAUUAUGUAAUUUAAUUCUUAAUAAUUGUAAGUGGUUAGCAAUCUACUUUGAAUUUAUAGUUUUGCUAUUUUAAAAGAAACGUAGUCUUGUAAUCUAAAAUAAUUGCAAGUUGCUAAAUGUAUAUUUUGGUUGUAUUAUAAUAAAAUACAAACAUUAGUGUUUUAUGGUUAUAAACAGAA